AUGUCGUACGUGACCACUGCCAGUAUCAUGGGCGUGGCCAUCACGUUCAUCAUAACCAGUUUGGCAGCUGUGGCGACACGCUUCUCUCUACGGCUCAGAAAAGGUGGACAGGUCGGUGCUGAUGACUGGUGCGCAUUAGCCGCGAUGACACUGGUAAUCGGAGCGUGUAGUGUCUGCAUAGCUGGGGCAGCAACAGAUUCCAUCGGAGGCCACUCCCCAGACAUUGGACUCGCGAUCUUCACAUACCAGGACGCUCGUCAAUCCCUGAAUAAGAAGCUCGAAUUCGCCUUUUACGCCCUUCUCAUCCCAGCUUUKACUCUCCUCAAGCUCUCGGUCCUCUUCUUCUAUCGCCGAAUAUUUCAAAUCAGCCAGACUUUCCAAGUAUGCUUCUGGAUCUUGACUGUUGCUUCAAUCGCAUGGGGCGUGGCAUUCUUCAUAGCCUGGGCGGCUCUUUGCGAGAACAACUUUGACAACCGUCUCAUAAGCCUGAUGACUUUGACCACCAAAUGCGGAGAUACAUUCACCAUGCUCGUCUGUCAAGCUGUGAUUGAUGUGGUUGUAGAUUUGGGGAUCAUCAUCCUGCCGAUCCCCAUUGUGUUGAGGUUGAAGAUGUCGUGGAAGAACAAGUUUGCAGUAUUGGGUGUUUUGCUUGUCGGAUCAUUGGCCAUUGGCUGUGGAAUCGCUCGCGCAAUAAUCGUGGGCAUGAUCCUCGGCMCACCAGUCCUCUCCGUCCCAUCCAUCGCAGGCGUGGCAACAACAGACUUUAUUGGGAUUGUCUCAUUGAUGAUCUUCUGGGGUCAGCUGGAGUUAGGUGUGGGCAUGGUAGCCAUCUGCCUCCCAGUAAUGCGUCCAAUGUUGAAGGGCGAGAAUGUCAUGUCAAAGCUUCGAGAGCUCAAGUCAUUCAUCUCCUUGAGUGGUAGUUCGAGAGCAGGAUCAUAUUUUAGUCGAAAAGGUUCGAAAGCCUCGAAGAGUGAAGAUAGUGAUGGUGCGACGUUCGAGGAYACGGAUACGAUUGAGAAGAAGAUGGAGUAUAAGGUCACUAGUUCGAGAGCGGAUUCGGCGGUCGACAGGGGGAGGGAGAGUUGUAUCUUUGAUGACGAGAGAUUCUCCCCGCUGCAGACUGUUGAUGUCUGA